AUGCGAAACGGGUUCCUCGCUUUUUAUCCAUGUCUAAUAAUUGUUCUUGUUGAGUGUACAAAAUCAAAUCAAGACUUCGAUUAUGAGUUGAGCAAGAAAGCGUUGGAAUUCGCCGCCGGUGCAUAUUCCUUGGAUCCGAAUCCAUGUGUUUUGAAAAAUAAUGCAUCAGUUUUAUUUUCCAAAAAAGUUGAAUGUGAUUAUAUGAGAGAUGAGUGUUGGAGUGUAAUCGCAGCUGAUGAUAAAACAAUAUUCGUCAGUUUUAGUGGAACAAAAUCAAAAGAGCAGCUGGUAACAGAACUGAUCGAAAGUAUUGGUAGACCGAAGCACAAGUUACACAAUGCUGGAUCCGUUCACUACUACUUUUAUUCCGCACUCAAAACGAUGUGGUCUCCUAUGGAAAGGUUGCUAGAACAGCUGAGAGAAGUGAUGCCCAACCACAGAAUCGUGUUCACAGGACACUCGUUGGGCGGAGCAAUCGCAAGUAUCGCAUCAACAGUAUUUGUUAGAAACUUUCCGGAUGCUUCGAAUCGAACACUAUCUAUCACAUUUGGACAGCCUAGAGUAGGAAAUCUUGAAUACGCCACGACUCACGAUGGGCUUGUGGGAGCAGGAAGUUGGAGGUUGGUUCAUGGAAGAGAUAUUGUUGCUCAUAUUCCAUUCUGUGUGGAAAGUUACGCUCGCUCAUGUGUACCAUUCUACAAUCAUGGAUCUUAUCAUCACGGAGUGGAGGUGUGGUUCCCAGGAAACAUGACAAACCAAGACACUUUCAAAAUUUGCACCGGCACUCCAUUGAACGAAGACGAUUCGUGCAGCAACGCUCAUAAGUACUUCGACAUCAACGAUCACCUGUUCUACUUUGGCCAUCAUGUUUCGGACUACGGUGUCAACGGGUGUGUAGACCCAACAAAUGACCUAUAA